AUGAAGCAACGAUCGGGAAUGGCGGAAGAAGAAAAAGAACCGAAGGUGCAAUCGAAGCAGAAUAUGUUUCAGAACUUGCUGUAUCGUCAAACGAAGUUGUUGAGAGUUUUUAGAUUCGAUCGAAUCGACGACGACGUGGAAAUCGACGAUUUCGGCAUCGUAACCAAAGAAUACGUUCCCGUCCUCGAACAAAACAUCAAAGACGACGAAUCCGAUAUGGAAGAAGAGCUCUCCGACUAUGAAGAAGAGAAGAACUACUACACCUACAAGAUCUCCCAGGACGAGCUCUCCAUCGCCAUCCGCCGCGAAUUCAUCGACUUCAACGGACUCACCGACUAUCCCUCGCUUCACAACAUCAUCAAGCGAUUGAAGCCCAGCGACGUCAUUUGCUGGCACGGAUCCCCCGCACAACGAGACUUCCUUCGGUCCCAUCUGCAGCAGGACGACAGCUAUGCUGUCAUGCUCGCCAAUAACGGGGAAACCGUGGAAAUCCAGAGUCAUAACAGCAUCGUCGAUAUGCAGCUCGAUGAUUCGCUUUUGGCUUCGCUUUCGCGGCAAAAAAUCGGCGAAUACGAAAUUGCUCGAGUGUGUGGAAUCGUGGAAGAAAUCGAGGAACCCCAGCAGGAGCGAUAUAAACACAAAUUAAUCGCGGGAACGGAGGAGUUGGGAAUUGCGCCGAUCGAAGUGCGGCGAGACAUGUUGGUUCUGCGAAAAGUGCAUGAACUGCUGCUGAAAGAUACGAAAAUGGAUGUGCGCUGGGAGAAUUUCUGCAUUCGAGAUGACACAGGGAAUGUGAUGAUCCGAAGUGAGAAAGAUAUGCUGGUGGUGGAAGGAAACGUGUCUCCAGAGUUUGAUAUGGUUCAAAAGUUGCUGAGUGAGCAGUUUAUCAUUGUUUUUUCUGUUUGUUGA